UUGUGUGUCUGCUUGAAAUGAGGAAGUGAGAAUGAACGAGCACUGAAAGAUGAAUCUCCCCAAAAAAAGAAAAACAUUCGGCAUUUAAUGCCAACUAGUUUAGAUUCAAAAGAGGCCAGAGCAGUCAGGAUGCACAACCAGCACGCUUGGUGUCAUGGCUAUAUCACUCGUUCCAAGACAGAAGAUCUACUCUCAAAAGCAGCCAAAGAUGGAAGCUUCCUCAUUCGGGACAGCGAGUCCAUACAAGGAGCAUUUGCUCUGUGUGUUUUAUUCCAGAACCAGGUUUACACGUACAGAAUCCUGCCCAAUGAAGACAAGAAACUGUCAGUCCAGGCAUCAGAAGGAGUUCCUAUUAGGUUCUUUUCCAUGCUUCCGGAGCUGGUGGAAGCCUACCAUGACCCUAAUAUGGGACUCGUCACUCAUCUGCAGUAUGCCGUCCAAAGAGAGGAGGAGCGUUACGAGGAACCGGAGUCCAACAAUCCUCCACCACAGCUUCCUCCCAGGAACUUCAUGGCCAACGACUUGAAGGACGGAGACACCAGGUCUUCUGACCAGGUGGAAAAAAGCCUAUCAGACACCUUCUUGAUGAGGCUCCAACACAUGGACAUGACUACGAUACCAGAAGAACAGCAAGCCCUCAUUUCGGACUACUUCAGGACUUCCAUCUGUCUCGAUGCUGAGCAAGUCCAGAGUGGGAACACCAGCCUUCCUGGACUCAAGAAGCUCACCGGGGCAAUCUGCAAGAACCUCAACAGUGAAAUUUCCCGGAUCCUACCAGCUCUUGAGAUUUGCCACAGAGCGUUGGACCAGCAGCUCUCAUCAGGCAUCGGGAAGCUUCCAAAACAAAUUCCAGCAGAUCCAAACCUAUUUGUCUCCUUGAGGCUGGAGCAACUGACCAAACUGCUCUACUCCAUCGAGGAUCGGGCUAUUAACGCGGUCUUCAACUCUGUCGGCUAUGAAGGAGGUCACAGAAAGUCUCUCAUCCCUCCUGUUGUCUUUGAGGUCAAGCAAGAAUCUCUGGGGAUCCCCACCAAGUUGUUUAUAAAAGUUGACGUGGAAGGCGGGAAGCUUCACUUCAAAAAAGCAAAAGAUGGACCUGACGAUAAAUACUUUGCACACAACAAAAUUAGACAGCUGGUGAAGUCCCAGAAGAUGCACGCCAAGCUGGUCAUCGUGGUGGAGACGGAGAAAGAGAAGAUCUUACGCAAGGAGUAUGUCUUUGACAACACCAAGAAACGAGAAGGCUUCUGUCAGCUUCUUCAACAAAUGAAGAAUAAACAUUCCGAAAAGCCAGAACCGGAUAUGAUCACGGUUUUUGUCGGCACCUGGAACAUGGGAAACGCCGGUCCACCUCGCAACAUCACUUCCUGGUUUCAGUGUAAAGGUCAAGGGAAGACGCAAGACGACACGGCCGAUCACAUCCCGCACGAUAUUUACGUCAUCGGGACGCAGGAGGACCCUCUGGGCGAAAGGGAGUGGGCCGACACGGCGAAAGCCGUCUUGAGGGACUUCACCAAUAUCAGCUUCAAACAGGUGGUGAUCCAAACGCUGUGGAACAUUCGGAUUCUGGUCCUGGCCAAGCCGGAACACGAAAACAGGAUCUCGCAUGUUUUCUCCGAUAGUGUCAAGACGGGGAUUGCCAACACUUUGGGUAACAAAGGAGCAGUGGGCGUGUCCUUCAUGUUCAACGGAACGUCCUUCGGGUUUGUCAACAGCCAUCUGACGUCGGGGAGCGAGAAAAAGCUCAGGCGUAACCAAAACUACUUGAACAUUUUACGAUUCCUCACUCUGGGAGACAAGAAGCUCAAUCCGUUUGAUAUCACCCAUCAAUUCACGCACCUUUUCUGGCUCGGUGAUCUCAACUAUCGUGUGGAUUUUCCAAAUGCGGAAGCUGAGAAUGUCGUAUCAAAGAUCAAACUGCAGCAGUACCAGGAACUCCUGUGCAGAGACCAGCUCAACAUGGAGAUCAACGAUGACAAAGUCUUCCUGCAUUUUGCUGAGGAGGAGAUCACAUUUGCGCCCACGUAUCGUUUUGAGCGCUACACUCGUGACAAGUACGCCUACACAAAGGCCAAAACCACAGGGACUAAAUAUAAUUUGCCGUCAUGGUGCGAUCGUGUCCUGUGGAAGUCGUACCCUCUUGUCCAUGUGAUCUGUCAAGCCUACGGCUGCACAAACGACAUUAUGACCAGCGACCACUCCCCGGUGUUCGCCUCCUUUGAAGUGGGCGUGGCCUCACAGUUUGUCUCCAAGCGAGAUCCAAACAGUGCGCCCCAAGGCGGCAUCCAGAUCAUGAACUGCAAGGCCACCCUGCUGACAAAGUCCAAGACCAAGUUCUUCAUCGAAUACCACUCCAGCUGCUUGGAGAAAACUGUCAGAACCUACGAAGGCGAGAACACGGAGCAUUCCGACGGCUCCAUCAAAGUGUGGUUUGGGAAUCAGGUUGAGCUUACGCCAAUCAUCUCGGAUGCCGAGUACCUUCUUGACCAGCACAUCCUCAUCUGCGUCAAGUCCACGGACUCGGACGAGUCAUACGGUGAGGGUUGCGUGGCCUUACGAGCCGCCCAGUUCUGCUACACCGAGUUCCAAGUGGCGCUCACGCACCACGGCGAGAAAUCCGGCGUCUUGACCGGCGGCAUUCAGCUCCACGCCUCCGAAGGCAAACCCACCGAGAAGUUAUACGACUUUGUCAAAGUGGAGCGAGAUGACUCCAAAGGCAAAACCGGCGACCGGACCAUGGCCGGCCAUGACAUAGCUAACCCGAGCUACAUGGAGGUGACCUACAGGAGCGGCAACGUGAUUGACAAAGGCUGGAGUUACAGCAUGCCACCGAGGAGCCUCCCCAUCGGUGGCCAAGCCGGGAUGGACACAAAGAAGAGUCCCACCGGAAAACCUUUGAAGCCAGCGGAUAUCCAGGCAGCAGAGAUGUUCGACAAUCCACUUUAUGGCUCCAUGACAACAUCACAAAGUCAGUCCAAGGACCAGGAUGCCGCACAGAAGAAAGCCGUCAUUCAGCCAGAUCCCAUUGUUGGAGCGAAGCCCCCGGAUGGAGAACAUGAACGCCCCCCGGUGCCCACCCCUCGCAAUCGUUCCUUCACCAUCUCCGAGUCGAAGCCUCCUCUUCCGGCCCCUGUCGCCCAGCACAAGAAGCCAGUGUUUCCAACACGCUCGCAGGGUUGUGUGGUCAACAGCCGACCGCCUCUGCCCACUAAAAGGAACCCUGGACCUCCAGAUCCACAGACCCGCAAACCCAGAGACUACAGGGACAGCUCUGAACUCCCAGGCAAGCACAGACCGCCAACGAGGCCCGGCCAGACGCAGGUCCAAAAAGACGUGCAUCCCAACGUUGCCAAGAUGGGCCAUUCCGUGAUCAGCCAAUGAAUGUUUGCAGUCCUAUAUUGCACAUAUUGGAUGUUUGAUGCCACUUUGAUCAUUUCUCCAAUAAACAUAAAAUCUGGACUUA